AGUGCGAAAGCGGAACGCAGCAGCUUAGUGGUGAAGCCUCCGGUCGGAAAGUCCCUCCAGCUGGGACGGAAACUAGUAACUCAACUGUUUUAAUUUUGGGCAGCGACUUGAGGCCUGAAAGCUCUAAGUCUGACCAUUUGGAAGUAGUGAUUGUGACCUUAGAAGCUGCUGCAUAUUUGAAUAGUUUUGCUCUUGUACAAACAUGAGAGGCGUGCAAUAUUGAGAUUCUUGACGGGCGAUGGCGGACUCGGAACAACUGGAAGAGAAGUUGGAGAAACUUGUUGUUCGACUCCAAAACAUAGAACAGGGAAAGCAAUUGAAUGCUUUACUUCAGAUUUUGGAUGAUUUGAUUAAUCUCACUACGGAACAAAAUGCUACAAGUUUAUUCGAAAAUAAAAACGUACAUAUGCCGCUGUUGGUCGUACUGGAAUCCUUUGUUGAUGUACCCAGUAUUCAACAGACAGGUUGGUCUUUAUUCUGUAAACUGGCUCAGCUCUGCCCAGGCACAAUUAACAAGUUGGUUGCUCCACAAGAUGUGGGAAAGGACUGGGAUGUUCUUGGUGUGCACCAUCAGAUCCUGAAUUUGUUGUGGACUUACAGUUCUGAUCCCAGUAUUCUGCUGAUUGGCCUUGAGGUGUUAAUACUCCUUAUUCAGUCAGAUGAAAUUUCAUUAUUGCUUCGAGAUGAAGAAAUUGAUGUUUUCUCUGUGGUUAUUGAUGGAAUGCGCAGAUUUCCUAAAAGGUGUGAAGUCCAGAUGCAUGGAUGUCAAGUGUUGUACAGACUCUUAGAAAAAGUUUCAGAUGAGCAGGUCCUUGAAUUUGUGGAAGCUGAAGAUCACCUUGUUAUUCUUCAAGCCAUUAAAAACUUUAUGGAACAUGAGGGUACAGUACUUUAUGCUCUGAGAACUCUCCUUCCUUUGGCUGGUUCACAAAAUAAUGUAGAAAUCUUGAUGUCUGGACAUGAAAAAUGUUACAGUCUGGUGAUGGAUGUAAUGAAAAGAUUUCCCGACAGUGAAGCAAUUCAUGAAGUUGGUUGCUGUUUAUUUCAGAGGUUUGCAUUUGAUAAUUUUUACAGCAUUUUGGUUCUCAAUGGAGUACAUGAAAUCAUCAUUGAAGCAGUUAUGAAAUAUCCACACAAUUGUAAUUUACAAGCUGCAGCUUUGAGCAGUAUAGCUCUUUUAACUGAAACAAUAAUCGCAAAUAAAGAUCUUGGUGAGCAAAAGGAUGAUCUCUGCUGGCUGGAGGAAUGCUCUAAGGCUUUGGAGUUAUACAAGGGAAACGCUAAGGUCCAGGAAGCAGCUUGUUGGGCUCUGAACAAUUUACUCGUGUAUCAGAAUAAUCUUCACACAAAGAUUGGAGAUGAAGAAGCAUGCUAUCCAAUUCAUCGGCAGGUGAUGGCAGCCAUGUUACUACAUUCUGCAUCAAAGGAAGUGUUUCAGGCAGCUGCAAGUACUCUGGCAACUUUGGCAGACCAAAGCAUACAAAUAAGGAAACUCCUGUUGGGAAAAGGGAUACAUAUCAACAUUUUAGAACAAAUGAAAAAUGGUUUAGACUCGAGUCAUAUCUUGGAGAGUGCCUGCAAGUUACUUAAUAAGCUUUAUCUUGAGAGCAAUCUGAAUCUAGAUGUCAGGACUUUAACCUUAAGUAGGACAGUAAACACUUUGAAGAAUCAUGCAAACAUUUGUUCGCUACAUCUUGAGGCCCUUCAGGUUAUAUCACAUAUAACUUGCCCUGUAUCUAAAAUCCAUCUGAAAGAGGACCCAAGAAAUAUGGAUGCGUUGGAAUCAAUGGCAAAAUUAAUUCACAAACAGUGCUUGUUGGAGAGUUUACAUGAAAUAAUUCUUGAUAGUUUAAACAAGUUCAUCCAGGAUCCAGCAAUCCAAGAGUAUGGUUUUCGAGUGCUGUGUUCUAUUACUGAUAGUUCAGAUGCAAAGGAACUGACAAAACAUGGGAUUGUGGACACAGUAAUACAUACUUUGCAAAUAUUUCCACUUGAACGAGAAAUUCAGUAUCUGGGUCUGAAACUUCUAGGAGUCCUGAUUCCUGUGAUAGAUUUGCCUCAGACACAUGUAGCACUAUUGGUAAAUGUCUUGAUUGGGACAUUGCGUCGAUAUGAAGAGGACAUGGAAGUGCAAGUACAGGGAUUUCAAGCCAUUUUGUUAUAUUUUGAAACCAUGCCACCUGUUACUGAACUUUUCUUCAAGCAACAUAUUGACACAUUUAUUUUUCAUCAGAUCACAAAAUGCAAAAACAAACAGCUACAGACCCUCCUCUGCAAAUGUUUAUCCAAGUUGGCCACUGAUUGUGGAAUAAGAAAUCAAAUGCUUGAAAGUGCUUGCUCAGAAAAUAAUAUCAUGAUGGCAAAAUAUUUAAUCAUGCUGGAAGCUGAUGUCAAUCAAAAAUGUAAAAAUGAAUCAUUAAUUUACCAGGUUUGUAAGAAAAGGAGAAGCCCAUUUUUAGUGGAACUUUUGCUUAACAGUGGAGCACGUGAGCAAGACAUUCAGAAAGCUUUAGAUGCCAGUAUUAAAAUGGGGGAUGACAAAAUUAUAAGCUUGCUUUUAAGAAAACUUGGAUUGGAUCAAACCAAUAAGGCAAUUUGCUUGAGUGGACUUCAUCUGGGCAAGAUUAAAGCAUCUUGGUUGUAUUCAUUGUUUCCUGAUGAAAAUGUUCCACAUUCAAAACAACAGCCAACUACUGUAGCUUCCUCUGAGCUUUGGCAAAGUGAUGCAUCAGAAUGUGCAUCUUUGGUAAUACAGAACUCAAAUAUGAAUUCUCAACUCUGUCACUCUGGAAAAAUAUUGGAUAAGAGUAAUGAUUGUACUUCGUCGGCAAAUGUAUCAGCAACUGAUGGGAAGGAAAAUAGCAUCUUUGAUGACUUGGAGAGCUUAGAUGAUUAUGUCCUGGUUCAGAAUGUAAAUUAUAACUUAAGUGCUGCAACAUCCAAUGAAUCUACAGUUCAGUUAAUCCACCAUAACUCUCUGAGUGAACAGGACAAUGUUGAAUUUGCAAUUAACUCAGGUGUGACAGUGAUUUCUCAAAGAUCAGGUGGGUCACCAAAAAGACCCUCUUUUGGAAGUGGACAAGAUGAAUUCCUGCAUGCUGGCUUUGACACAGAAUUCAGGUCAUUGGAUCUUUCUGGAAAUGAACUGGAUGAUCUGGGUUUCAUCACUGAAAAAUGUAUUGCUGCGCAUUUUGCACGACUGCAAAAACUAGAUCUAAGACAAAACAACUUGACGAAUUUCUCAGAGGAUUUGUGCUCUGUUCUCAAGUGUCUAGUUGACAUUGACUUGAGCAAUAACAAUCUCACAUCAUUUCCAUCCUGCAUACUGGAAAUGCCCUUCAUUAAAUACCUUGAUAUCUCCAGAAAUAACAUUGAUCAUAUUCUGAAUUUGAAGUGCAGAUGUCCAACCCUGAAGACAUUAAACUUGUCUUAUAAUCAGCUUUCCUCUUUCCCAGAAUGUCUUGCUGAAUCUACUGAAAAACUAGAAGAAUUGUUACUUGAAGGAAACAAAAUUAGCACAAUUGUAUCUUCACUAUGUUUGACUGAACUUAACCUACUGGAUAUUAGUCACAACGGCACCUCCACUAUAAUGGAUACAUUUGUGACACAGUGCUCAAAGCUGGAAAUAUUGAGAGCCUCAGAGAAUCACCUCAGUGUUUUAUGUGGUUUGCCAUCAAAAAUUACUACAAUUGAUCUGGCAAGCAAUAAUUUCAGUCAAGUUCCCGAAGUGGUUCUCAAGCUUCACCACUUAAGGACUGUCAACCUAAGUCACAACAAGAUAGCAAAGCUCCCUGGGCCUAUUCAUUGGGAGUCUUCAAGUCUAAGGGAACUCGUGUUUAGCCAUAAUCAAAUCAGUGUAUUGGAACUCAGUGAAACAAUAAGCAAAUGGUCAAGACUAGAAAAACUGAAUCUUAAUAAUAACAACUUGAAAGAGCUACCUCCCCAGAUUGGUCUACUUAAAAACAUGACUUCUUUACUCGUGAGUCAUAACUCUGAUUUGAGGUCCUUGCCAAAUGAAAUGGGAAAGCUGCAGAAGCUGUGGGAACUUGAAUUGCAAGGAUUGCUUCUCGAUUUGGACUUGAAACACAUUGGCAGCAAAACAAAAGAUAUUAUCAGAUUUUUACAUCAGCGUCUAAAGAAAGCCGUGCCUUAUUACAGAAUGAACCUAAUGAUAGUGGGAAAUUAUGGAAGUGGUAAAACCACUUUGCUACAGCAGCUGAUGAAAUGCAAGCGGCCUAAUUCUGAAACGGAGAAACCCACAAUUGGAAUUGAUAUUAGGGAGUGGUUAAUUCAUGUAAAAGGCAAACUAGGGAAGAAAAAGGAAUACUUGUUGAAUGUCUGGGAUUUUUCAGGCCAAGAAGAGCUCUACAGCUCAUUUCCACAUUUUAUGUCUCCACUUGCCCUCUAUCUUGUUGUUUGUGAUCUGAGUAAAGGAGUUGCUGAACUUGAUGCUAUCAGGCAUUGGCUUUUCAACAUAAAGGCCCAUGUCCCAUCUUGUCCAGUAAUUCUUGUUGGAACUCAUAUUGAUGUGACUGAUGAAAAGCACCGGCAAAGCUGCAUUUCCAGAAUCAAUACGCAAUUCAUUCAGCAUCAUGAUUUCCCUUCUGUUCGUGAUUUCCACUUUGUGACAGCUACAGAAGAAUCUGAAUCGAUAACAAAAUUGCGAAGAGCUAUUAUCAGUGAAAUACAGACAUUUAAGAUUAGAAACCAACUUGUAAUGGGCCAGUUGAUCCCACAGGGAUAUAUGGAGCUGGAAAAGAGGAUUAUACAAGAGCGAAGGAGUGUCCCUUUGGAAUUUCCAGUAAUUCAUCGGCAGAGGCUUUUGGAAAUAGUUCAAGAAAAUCAGUUGCAGCUGGAUGAAAAUGAUUUGCCGCAUGCUGUUCACUUCCUCAAGGAUUCUGGUGUGCUACUGCAUUUUUGUGACCCUGCUCUUGAGUUACGGGAUCUUUAUUUUAUAGAUCCACAAUGGUUGUGUAAAACAAUUGCACAGAUUUCAACUAUUAAAGCAUCAUGUUUUCCAAAGCAUCCUUGUGGUAUUAUUUAUCGAUCCGAUGUUGAGAAGUUUCUCUCACAAGAAGAUAAUUUUCCUCAAAAUUACAUACCACAAUGCAUAAGACUUCUAGAAAAAUUUCAGAUUGCAUUGCCUUUAGGAGAACAACAACUACUUAUUCCAAGCAGCUUACCUGAUCAGAGACCUGUAAUUGAACUUCCACACCGUGAAAACUCUGAACUGAUCGUAAGAGUUUAUGAAGUACCGUACUUUCCAAUGGGAUUCUGGUCUAGACUUAUUCACAGGCUAAUUGAGGUUUCAGCUUGUUUGCUUUGUAGAUAUGAUGAAGAGAAGCCUCUACGUUCCAAUAAAACAUAUUGGAGACAUGGGAUCUAUCUGAUGUGGUCACCAGAAGUCUAUUGCCUGGUAGACUCAGCUGCAUUGCAUAAUAAACUAGACAGUGUUCUCAGAAUAACUGUUCCAUGCUCCAAGAAAGGAUACAUUCUGUUGGGCCAGAUUGUGGAUCACAUUGAUUCCCUGCUGGAAGAGUGGUUUCCAGGCCUACUGGAGACUGAUAUAAACGGUGAAGGAGGGACUCUUUUGAAGAAGUAUGCCAUGUACAGCUUUGAAAAUGGUCAAGAGUGUCAGCGAAUUCUACUGGAUGAUUUAUUAGAAGUGGCAGAAACAGAAGAUUUUUUGACUUGUCCAACUGAUAGAAGCAACAAAAUUUCAAUUUCUCAAAUUGCCCCAGACAUUGUUCUGGUUGAUUUACCCCGGAAUAUUUUACUGGAUGUUAACCAGCUUGAACUUGAACACUCACCUGAAUUUCUGUUAGGUGAUGGAGGAUUUGGAUCUGUAUACCAGGCAACUUACAGACAACAAGAAGCAGCUGUUAAAAUAUUUAACAAGCAUGUUUCGCAGAUGUUUCUACAUCGCCUUUUAAGACAAGAACUUGCAGUUCAUUGUCAACUGUGUCAUCCAAGUUUGAUUUCAUUAUUUGCUGCUACCUGUCGGCCUCGGAUGUUGGUCAUGGAAUUGGCACCCAAAGGGUCCCUAGAUCAGUUACUUAACCAUGAGAAAGAACAACUGAAUCGAAAACUUCAACAUCGGAUAGCUCUACAUGUGGCUGAUGGCUUAAGAUAUCUUCAUUCUUCAAUGAUAAUCUAUCGAGAUAUGAAGCCUCAUAAUGUGCUUCUGUUCAGCUUGAACCCUAAUUCAGCUAUAAUUGCCAAAAUUGCUGAUUAUGGUAUUGCUCAAUAUUGCGGUAGAAUGGGAAUCAAGAAUUCUGAGGGGACACCAGGGUUUCGAGCACCAGAAGUUGCAAAAGGAAAUGUCAUCUACAAUCACCAGGCCGAUAUAUAUUCCUUUGGAUUACUUUUGUAUGAUAUCAUUACGAAUGGUAAAAGAAUCUCUGAUGGAAUGAAGUUUCCAAAUGACUUUGAUGAGAUAGCAGUUCAGGGGAGAUUGCCAGAUCCAGUGAAAGAAUUAAACUGUUCACCAUGGCCUGGUGUACAGAAUUUAAUUGAUCAUUGUCUGAAACCAAAUGCAGAGGACAGGCCUAAAGCUUUGCAGGUAUAUGACAGCCUGAACUCUGUGAAACUACUUUGUUUGAUGAGAAUAAUAACAAUACCCAGUAAUCUUGCAGCAGAGUGCAUGGUGGCUACUAAUCCAAUUUGCAGAGAACCGAAUGUCUGGAUUGGUAGUGGAAAAAGAGACAAGGCACAACUUUCAUCCCUGCAGCUGGAUACUCAAGGCCAGACUCUUAUGGAUAUCGAUGAUAACUGCAUAUUGUGUCUGGCAUUCGUAAGUGUGAUUGGUGAACAAGUUAACUGGGUUGUUGCUGGCACGCAGUCAGGACGUUUGUGGGUAGUCAGCACAGAGGAUGUGCGGUCUAGACACCAACUUCGAAAGAUGUAUGAUUCCAUUACCUGUUUGUUCUUUACAAAUCAUUCCAAAAAGAGUUUCAAAGUAACAAAAAAGGAAAAGGGCCCGAUGCAAAAGUUUGGGCACCCUGCAUGCAAAGAAGACAAUUUGCUUUUGGUGGGGACAGCAGAUGGGAAGCUUGCUGUUUUUAAAGAUACCACAGUCAAGUACCAAGAUGGUGCGCCACUGAAGGUUAUUGAUAUAGGUGACAUCAGUACUCCUUUGGUGUGCUUGAGCUCAUCAACCAUUACAGGACAGAUAAUCUUCUGGGCAGGUUGUGGAACAAAGACUGUAUCACUCAACAGUGAUUUUACAAUUCAGAAGAUGAUAGAGACAAAAACCAGGCCACUAAGACAACAGAAAUAUCACAGUGGAAAUAUUAUCAUAAUGGUGAUUGAUAAUUAUAUAUAUUUGGCAAAGAAGGGUAGCCAUGUAGUUGAAAUAUGGGACUACACUUCAGAUAAAAUGAAUCAAUCAUUUGACUGUGCUACUAUUCUUAAGAAUGACAGCUAUUCUGCUAGAGUGAAAGCUCUUCAUCUUCAAAAACCCAGCACCCUGUGGAUUGGGACAGGAGGGGGUGACAUCAUUUUAUUAGAUCUUUCUACUCAACUACCCAUUUAUGUUAUGGAUAAAUUUUGCCACUCCAUCAGAAGUAUGGUGACAACACAAAUUGAAAAGGAAAGCUGUUGCACUGUCUUGCUGAUCCUAGGAAACGUCAAUAAAGAAUAUUUUGAAAACAAUAAAUGGCAGAGAGAAUUGCAAUCACAGCUGUUUGUCUGGGAUUUGAGCCUUCCUUAUGAAAUCCAGAACUUGAAGAAGCACAAUGAUACGAGAAGAGAAAUAACCAAGAAAAUGAGGACUAGAUCAUUGGAAUAAUUGCACAUGGACAAAUACAUAUGAAUAUAUUUUUAAUUAAUGGUAUUUUAUAUGUAUUGAAUAUAUGAAGUAAUGAAUCUAAUAUUUUGAUGUUCUGGUUAAACUGUAAAAGCCAAUUUCAGUAUUAAAGAGCUAUAUGAAUUAUUACAUAUAUAAAAGCAAUAGUGUCUCCCCUUGCUUGCCCCAUCAUGCAAAUCCUCUUCAACUCUAUGCACUUUUGUAAUAUUAGUUUAAAACUUUGGGUUUAGUUGAAAAUGGAAGUACUUUUUGCCAUAAUCCAAGUGGCUUGCCAUCACAAAAUAAUGUGGAAAAUUGAUAGUCUCACUAUCUAUGUUCAAAAUUCCACACUAAAGAAUACCAUGAAAGCACUGAAUUUCACCUAGAAUUCACCUGAAUUUCACCUGGACACCUAGAACAAAACCAGUUGGUGGUUGCCAGUUAUGGUUUGUGCCCAUCAAGUUGGCUUAUAUUCCAGCAGUCUGGAAUUUGUUUAAAUGUAAUGAGCUAUGAAUGUUCCUGGUCACAUUUUGGGAAUUAUGAUUGGAACUCACUGGUGUAGCAAGUGGACAAUAAUGAUGCAAAAUGAUUAUUACUAUAUGGGAUUUAGAAUAAUUCUCUGGACAUUUUUCAAAGCAUAUUUGAGCCUCAUCACGAGUAUUUUUUUUAAAUUAAAAGACAUGGUGGUCUUAAUACUACCUUGACAAAUGUCUUGAUACGUAAUGCUGCCUUGCAAAUAGGAAAUGGUCAUUCACAGAAGGCUCAGUAUUAAAAAAAGCUGACUGUCAACUUUGCAAAUUCCUAACAUGCUCACCAAAACUUGUUACCUAAUAUAUUGCUUGAGAUAAAACAAUAAGACUGUUUCUUUGAACAUUAGAAUUGUUUAAUAAUCCUUUAGUUGUACUAUUGGAUUCCCUCUGCAGCAAUUAAUAUGUAUUCCAUCCUUCUUGUCCCACCACCAGAGAAUCAAGUUUAUUAUUGCCAGAAUGUGUCGUGAAAUUUGUUAUCUUAGCAGCAGCAAUACAAUGCAAUACGUUAUUCCCUUUUCCUAUCCUACCCUGCUUACUUGCUCUCUUUGGCCUGUUCAUUCAUCACAUACUCCAUUGCUAUAUUCCUGCCAUGUCUUCCUUUCCCCUUCACCAUUAACAAUUUAGGUACAAUCCCAAAACUUUGUCAGAUGUACACCAAAAUAUUUGCAGGUCUUGCCAUUUGACUGCCAUCUAAUAAUGUUAGUUUGUUCUGUUCUGCCACUUUUCCUUCUCCUUUUUUGGGAUUCCCAUCUCGUGCUUCCUUUGAGUAGGGAGCACAAACAGUUCACAAAUAAAAGAAAGUUUAAAAUUAAAAAUAUUUUCAUAAGUUCUCUAUUGGGAUUUUUUAUUUUGAAAGGAUACAGCAGAUCAUCUUUGCUGGUAGAUGAGUUUUUUGUAAGUGCUUUAAUAUUUUGAACAUCAUUAAAAACUGUAUUACCAGUUUUUAAUUUGUGGUAUAUUUAAACAUGUCGAAAUGCUUUACUUCAUAGAAAAAUUGAAAUUUUCAAAGUUGAAUGAUAUGGAUUAAGAUUCUGCAGAAUGUCUAUAUUUUUAAUAGUUUUAAUUUUGUCACAAAAAUAUAAGGUAAGCUGGUGCUGAUUUCACGUUAAUAUUAAAGAUUUCUAUGUGCUGGAGUAAUUAUUUAAUCCUCUCACAUUUUUGUGUGUUUUUUAAUUCAAAGGAGCAAUUCAUGUUUUGGAUCUCAUUUUUCUAAGUAAAAGUAUUGAUUGUGUUUGAUGAGUCAUAUUUUAUUUAUUGAAGCAUUGGUAAAUGGUAGCAGAAAUUAAAGAGAUUAAAAUUAAUCCUUGUUGAGUAGGUCACAGAACAAAGAACUUUCUGAUUCAUAAGUAUCAGUAUCCAUGGACGUUGUUGGCUUGUUUGCACAUGCUUAUACUUUGAACAAGUUAUCUAACUUUACUGUGGAACUGUCUCUCAAAACAAACAACGAUGUAAUUUAUUCCUUGUAAUAGGUCACGUAAUGUUAUUUAAUAAGGUAUUAGAAUGCAAUAUUUACCAUGACGACAAGAUAUUAUAUCCUAGAACUGCUCAUAAUGACUAUUCAAUGUAAAUGCACAAUUUGUUUAUGUAGUGAAAAUUUGUGCCACAGCCCUAUUGAACAUCAGUGCUUCCAGCUGCUGUUUCAACAUCUGUUGUAGAUAAUUCUUGAAAUCUCUGUGCUCUUCAAGGUGGAAGCACUGUGAUCCUUGAACAGUAUUCAAUUUCUUACCAUAUUCCAAAGAUGUGCAAGUAUGCAAAUUAAUUAGUUUCUGUAAAUUGCCCCUAGUAAAUUGUCAGUAAAUCUAGAGUGUCAAUCCAGACAAGUUAGUGUGGAAAUGGAGAAAGUUAAAUUUAAUCAAUAUUAAUCAGAGUAAUGUACAUGGAGCUUAGAAAAAUAGAGGGCUAUAGGUAAGCCUAGUAAUUUCUAAGGUAGGGACGUGUUUGGUACAACUUUGUGGGCCAAAGGGCCUGUAACAUGCUGUAGGUUUUCUAUGUUUCUAAAUGGGUGCAUGGUGUUUGAUAUGGAUACAGUUGCUUGAUGGGCCUGUUUCAACAAUAUAAGGUCAUGUUGUAACACUCCAAGAUUGUUGACUUGCAUCUUUAUAAUAUUACCCAUUUUUCACUAGCCUCAACCAAUCAGCUGUUCAAGCCCUCAGCGAUGACCUUGUUACUUAAAAAAUCAACUGUUCAAAUGAAAUCUGAGUUGACCACUUGCCUUUCAUUCUUAAUAAGCCUGACUUACUCUAAACCCAGUGGCCUAUAUUCUAAUUUUCAGCAAGCCUUGUUCAGCUAUAUUUCUGUGCCUAUUGACCUGCCUUGGCUCCAAAACGAAACUUUCAUUCUCUUGUUUGAUGGUCCUGAAUUUCAUCUCUCCCCAUCUCUGUUUAUGACAAUGAAAUAAUUUAAUUCCUCAAUUGUCCACUUCAGUUUAUCUCAAGCUCCUUUUACCUACAAUUGGUAGCUAUAGUUAAGUUGUUUAAGCUCUGAAAUUUUAUUCCAGGCCACAGAAUCAGAAUAAGGUUUAAUAUCACUCAAAUAUGUUAUAAAAUUUGUUGUAUAAUACUUAAAAGGUGCAAUUAGAUGACAACUAAAAGGUUAAGCAAGUAGUGCAAAAAGAGAGCAAAGAACUGAGUUAACGUUAAUGAGUUCAUUGUCCAUUCAGAAAUCUGAUGGCAAAGGGGCAGAAGCUGUUACUGAAACAUUGAGUGUAUGUGCGUUCAGGCUCCUGUACCUUCUCCUUGAUAGUAACAAUGAGCAGCAGGCUUCUUCCUGGGUGAUGGGGGUCCUUAAAAGAAUGCAGCCUUUCUGAGACAUUACCUUUUGAAGUGUCCUUGCUGUUGGGGAGGCUAGUACCCAACAAUGGAACUGGCUGAAUUUACAACUUUAUGCUGCUUUUUCUGAUCCUGUGCAGUGGCCUGUCAAUAUAAGAUGUGUGGAAGAAAAUUUAAACCAUUAUUACUGAUUAGGGAACCAUUUCUGCCACGACAGCAGUACUGUCUGUUCUUGGUAAAUUGCCAACUAACUAACCCUACCUAGCUAUAAGUACCUGACUCCCAUGCUUGCUUGUACUUUAAGAAGGAUGUGGGAACUUGUUUUUCACUGAACUCAUUGUUCCAUAAUCUGCCCUACCAUGGCAGGUAGAGUAACUUUUAAGCUGAUUGGUGCUUUGGGUUAUCACCUAGAACAUGUUAUGAAACAUCUCUAUUCUAUUUGUGCUUUUUGUCAUGUAUAUUUUGACUAUAAAUGUGAGUGUAAUUUUUUGUUGAAUAGAGCUGCGGGGAUCUACUUUAGGAGUCUGGGCUCUCCAUGAUAUCAUGUAAUAAAACCCUUUAGUCUG